GUGCAAUCGUGUAAACAAAUAACUUGUCAACCAUAAUUCGUCGAUUGAGUUGAUUUCAACUUCAUGUAAGAUCUCUACUAAUUCGAUAGAGAAGCGUGUCUUUUUCUAUAAAGAUAAUGUGGCACUAUUGGUGGGCGCACUUUACCUAUCAUCUUAUGAGGUGGUUCCCAAGAGACAACAGAAGAAAGAUAUUUGUUCUCCUAGGCCUUAUUUCACUUGGAUUGCUGGGGCCACAGUUUUAUGUACUAUAUCAUAAACACUCAACAAGAUGGUGUCCUGCUCAUCUGUUUGAAUUACUCAUUGUUUCCAUAAUUUUCACAUUCAUUUGUCAAGGAUUUUGUCUUUUGUUUAUGAUAAUGAAUCCUGUGCCAAGAGCUGUCAAGGUUUCAUUUCAUGUGUUUGGGAUUAUCUGUUUUGUGGAAACUCUAGUCCACAUUGCCUAUACAACUAGCCGGGCAGCAACAGAGGAUUGUAAAUCCUCUGCGGCUCCACUCUAUUACAUCUCCUACGCAUUUGCCUGGGUUGGUGCUGCAAGUCUAAUUUUCUUCUGCCUGAUGCUGCCUUUCUGGGUGAUCAAUGCAGUGAAGCCAACGUGUGUGCUGGACAUGAGGACCAGGGAGGGUGUGUGUUAUGAACCAGUCAAGUGCUGCUCCUGUAUGUGGCACGUCUAGACAACUGGACACCCAUUACUCCAUAUUGCCCUUGAACUGUAUUCACGAAUCAAACAAAAAAUUUUGUUCUACUUAUUCCUAUUUGUACAAAAUUUAAAUUUUCCUUUGAUCUAGGUAAGGUACAACAUAUUUUGGAGAUUUAUGACUGUUGAUAAAAUGCCUUUUUCAUUGUAGCUCUUUAGCGUAGUACAUAAGCAAGUUUCAUACAAUAUUGAAGGACUGAUGUUUAAAACUUGCUCUAGCUGGUCUGUUAAGCUAUUCAAUUGUCUUCAGGGGGAAAUAAACAACAAAAUGAAGCCAUAUUACAAUCAUAGACACUAGUAUGGACAUUCUGGCUUAAACCAUAUAUGCAAUGUAAUUUUGCAAGAUGAUAUACCUUUGCAUAGAGAAUGUUGAUUUUUUUAGGCAUGUCAUGUUAUAUUUUUUUUUUUUAGACUUUAUACAUGUAUAUACAUAUAACUUGAUUUAUUUCUUUGAAUUUCUACCUACUGUUGUCUUCUGAUUCAUAUCAUCAAUCUUUGUAUUUAUGUCAGCUGGUCUGACACACACAAAUAUAUUGUUCAAAUACUCUAUCAUUCCAGAAUGAUUAUGUAAAAAUAUGCUAAUCAUUAUAUUUUCUUUUAAUGAGCUAUUGUUAAUACUUGUCUAUAUAUCAUAACAUUUGUUAAUUUUUCAUACAUGUAUAAAUAACCAAUAAUCAUUUUAAUAUGUAUAGAGAACAUGUCGGUAAUAUAUAUAUAUAAUGUAUUAGAAUUUGUUCAAAUAAUAAAUCUUUAAAAAAUAGAC